AUGGCAUCGAAUAAUGAUAUGAAAAGGAAAUUCGAUGGAGAGCUCUUAAAGCAGUCGAAUACGAAAGGUAGCAACUCCAAAAUUUUCACUCUCGAUAAGUAUAAAGCUCUAAUCGAAGAAGUGAAAGCAGCUAAGCCGACAAAUAAGAAGACUUCAACGGAAUAUCGUCGCUUGGCUCGCUUUGAUGUCAUCCAAGUUGGAGAGUUAGAAAAAUUGAUAGAGCCUGUCAAGAAGGACCAAAAUAUCUGGUACUUCUUGUAUACAGAUGAAACAUUUGACAUCAUACAUGAAAUACACUUGAGGGUUGGUCACGGUGGAAGAAACCGCAUGUUUUGUAUUAGAGAGACUAGUGAUGUAUAUGUUGCUCCUACCGAUGAGAGAUCCUCAGUAUUUGGAGUUAUACAGUUAGUAAAUGCCGGUUAA